GCCGCCAUUACCGCUAUGCUUCUUUAACCCUGUCAACAGUUUUUAGGCUUUUUCAAAAUUUUGGCCAUUAAACCCCCUUUAUUUGUGUUUUAAAGAAUUCAAGAACUUUGGUUGUCCGUUUAUAAAUACAACGAUGCCUCUAACUGGAAAAUCAUCGUAUAUUAGAAAUUACCCGUUUUUAGUUCGUAACCUACUUGACCGAUCGAAUCACAAGCGGAUGGCCGAGCCUCAGAUUCCUAACGUUCCACGACCAAAAACACCAAUUUUGACCGGUGUACCCGAUAUUGUGGAUGAUGACGAUGAAGAUGAGGAUCCGGCUGUUGUCCCUCGACGAUUGUACUUUGCGGAUAGCAUGCAAGUGAUCAACAUCAAUAUGGUGUUCAGCCCCAGUGACCUCAUUCCAGAGUAUCCUCAGCGAUCGUUUCGCCCAGACAUGGUACAUCAAGUGUUCGGCGACGAUGGCAUUAUAUAUGGUUAUCGUAAUUUAAAUAUAGAUAUUUAUUUUCUCGCUAAUUCAGCGAAAUGUUUCGUGGAUCUGCAAUACACGGAAGUGACAAAUUCCGACAUGCCAAAUCAUUCUGAGCCCGACAACAUCUUAAAUAAGUUAACACCUUGGUUACCUGAAAAUUAUUACCUCGUUAAAAGCGACUUCGUGGCGCAACUCUACAAGGAGAAUCAUAAUAGAAUGUUUGGAACAGCUAUAGACUCUGUUGAACUUUAUAACGUGAAGGAAACUGCUUCAUACAGAUACACGUUUACGGUGUGUACAAACGAGGACCGUAAGUUUAGAGAGUUUCACUCACGUUUCCAAUGCCUGAUUGUGUGGUAUAUUGAUGGAGCUAGUCAAAUUGAUGUCGACGAUCCCAACUGGAUGUUCAUUUACGUUUACGAAACAAGAAAGCAGGGUACAGAGUGUGCAACGUCCGGUAUGUACCCGGUGGGAUUUGCGACAGUUUAUAAAUUUUUCCACUACCCGGACAAAAUUCGAACGAGAAUUUCGCAGUUCUUCAUUAUCCCGCCCUGUCAAGGAAUAGGGGUUGGUACUCGUCUCCUGAAAAACACCUAUAGAGUGAUUCGACAUUUACCAAAUGUGGUCGACAUAACUGUCGAAGAGCCUUGCCAAUCGUUUACCCAUAUGAGAGAUUUUUUAGACUGUAAAUUACUUAUGCAAUUAGAAUCGUUUAAACAAACUGCGAUUCAUAAUGGGUAUACAAACGCCAUGUUUGUAGAAGCUAAUAACCAUUACAAGAUAAAUAAGCGACAAAUCCGACGUGUUUACGAAAUCCUUAGGUUAGCGUACAUCAAAUGUAAUACCUGUGAUCCUAACUACCAGCAUUUGUCUUCAGAAAUUAGGGAGCGUUUGUCGAUCCCUUAUAUGAGACAGUUACGCUCUUUAGGAAGAAUGAGCUGUGAUAAAAAUUUAGAGCACUCUGUGAAGUCCAUGGUGACAUUAGAAUCAACUAUUGCCAAAUAUAUUAAGGAGGUUACAAAUGCUGCAUUGAGUUUAAAUGCUAAAUUUGCCCUCUCCUAACUGAACGUUUUCUUUCAUUUCUUAAUGUAUUAUCUUCUGACUUCUGUAUAUUUUUCUAUGAAUAAACUUUAAGUUUGCACGUUA